CUAACCUAAAAGGAGAGGCUUAUUAGCUUGUCUUACGUGGGUCGAACUCUGGAGUCUGGAGUACUUUCCCGAGUAUCGAUCUCUCACCCGGUCUCUGCGGAUCCUUCAUCAAACCUGUCAACAAUGAGCUCCUUGAGUGCAAAUGAUGACUGCCUUGGAUGGGCUGCAAGAGAUGUAUCUGGAGUUUUAUCACCUUACAACUUCAGCCGUAGGGUUCUUGAAAGUGAUGAUGUUUCAAUAAAUAUCACACACUGUGGAGUUUGUUACGCUGAUGUAGCUUGGACGAGGAAUAAACUUGGGGAUUCGAAGUAUCCUUUAGUGCCUGGACAUGAGAUUGUUGGAAUUGUGAAAGAGGUUGGUUCCAAUGUUCACCGCUUCAAAGUUGGCGACCAUGUUGGAGUAGGAACCUAUGUAAACUCAUGCAGGGAUUGUGAGUAUUGCAAUGAUGGACAAGAAGUUGUUUGUGCCAAAGGAUCAGUUUUCACUUUUAAUGGUGUGGAUGCGGAUGGUACUAUUACCAAAGGAGGAUAUUCCAGUUACAUUGUUGUCCAUGAAAGGUACUGCUUCAGGAUACCUGACAACUAUCCAUUGGCUUCAGCGGCCCCUUUGCUUUGUGCUGGAAUUACAGUGUAUGCUCCCAUGGUGCGUCACAAGAUGAACCAACCUGGUAAAUCUCUAGGAGUGAUUGGGCUUGGAGGUCUUGGUCACAUGGCAGUGAAGUUUGGGAAGGCUUUUGGGUUGAAUGUGACAGUUCUCAGCACUAGCUUAUCCAAGAAAAAGGAAGCCCUGAGUUUGCUUGGUGCAGACAGAUUUGUGGUUUCAUCUGACCAGGAGCAGAUGAAGGCCCUGAAUAAAUCUUUUGACUUCAUAAUUGACACAGCAUCUGGUGAUCACCCAUUUGAUCCCUAUAUGUCGCUGUUGAAGAUUUCUGGUGUUCUAGUCCUGGUGGGGUUCCCAAGUGAAGUCAAAUUCAGCCCUGCAAGCCUAAUUUUGGGUUUGAGAACCAUUUCCGGUAGCGUAACAGGUGGUACAAAAGUGACACAAGAAAUGAUAGACUACUGUGCUGCUCAAAAUAUUUACCCAAACAUAGAAGUAAUUCCAAUUCAGUAUGCAAAUGAAGCUCUCGAGAGGCUAAUAAAGAAAGAUGUGAAGUACCGGUUUGUGAUUGAUAUCGAGAACUCCCUGAAAUGAAACUGCUGAAGAAACGAGGAAUUCCUCUUCUCAACAUGUAUAUUCUUAAUUUUCUGCAUAUUAAGGUAUUGGAUCAGAUAUUGAAACUCAAAAGCAUGUGUAAGUAGGUAACUUGCCUGAAAUAAGUGGAUGGGUUGUGGAGUGGUGUUUUAAGAAAGGGUUUAAUAGAAAUAGAAGUAUGGACUUCUAAAUAUAGUUCUUUUCUAUUGUUGUCA